CCCUUUCCGCUUUCUCUAAAAUUCACAGAAACUUCACAUCCGUAAGACAAAUCAGUAACAUUACCUAUUUUUGGUUAAAAAGUGUGUAAACUCGUGUUAAAACCUAACGAUGUCAUGCUAGAUAAGGGCGCAUGACGAGAAGUCAAAUAGCCGAACUACAAUUAAAAGCGCCAUCUAGUUUAAAUCAUAGGCUACUAUAGGUUCAGGAAACUAGCACCAUUUAAAACAUGAGAUCGAUCAUUGAAACAUGACGUCAUAUAAAUGGAUCGACGGUACAUUUUACAAUGUAAUUCUCUAUUAAAAGAAGAGUUCCCAUUUUCUUCAUGCUCCCCAUAGAUACGACACAUAAGGUGCUUUAUUCAAAAACGUAUUUAAUUGUUGUGUUUUUAUUCGGCUACACAAACUGGAAUAGUGAUGGACAUAAUUAUAAUUCAGAGGGUUCAAUCGGUCUUUACAUUUAGGAUCUUAAUCUAAUUUUUUGUUUGUUUUAAAGUAUGACAAAUGGGCACGAAUCAAAAAAAAACCUGAACGAUUCAAAUAGGAGAAUGUUGUUGGCUAUAGUGUAAAGUAGCCCUAAGAGGCUACAUUAGACUUUGUGCAUAAUGGCCAUGGGGUAAUUUUGGAUUCAGACCUCUGUUGGGUCACUUUAACCGCGCAUGCAGGGCAUAUGCCAACGUUCCUCCCACAAUUUCCACCGGCAUCAAGGCUACACAUUAGUGCUGGAAACGGGAAGCCAAGGUUACGCAUCCUCUAAAGAUGAGAGGGUGCGGGGAUGGUUGUUACUGGACAGCUAUACUCCAACCUUUGCACUGACUGUCAUGUACCUGCUGAUCGUGUGGAUGGGGCCCAAAUUCAUGAGCCACAGGCAGCCGUACUCCUGCAGGGGCGUCAUGGUGGGCUACAAUCUGGGACUCACCGUCCUCUCCUUCUACAUGUUCUAUGAGUUGGUGACUGCUGUAUGGCAAGGUAGCUACAAUUUCUACUGCCAAGACUCACACAGUGCUGGAGAAGCAGAUAACAAGGUCAUGAAUGUUCUCUGGUGGUACUACUUCUCCAAACUCAUCGAGUUCAUGGACACCUUCUUCUUCAUCCUCCGAAAGAACAACCAUCAGAUCACAUUCCUGCACAUCUACCACCAUGCCAGCAUGCUCAACAUCUGGUGGUUCGUUAUGAACUGGGUGCCCUGUGGUCACUCGUACUUUGGUGCCUGUCUGAACAGCUUCAUUCACGUCCUGAUGUAUUCCUACUAUGGGCUGUCCUCUAUUCCGGACUUGAGGCCAUUCCUCUGGUGGAAGAGAUACAUCACUCAGGGCCAGCUGGUCCAGUUCUUUUUAACCGUAACCCAGACGGCCUGUGCAGUAGUAUGGCCCUGUGGGUUCCCAAUCCGCUGGCUGUACUUCCAGAUGGGCUACAUGGUCACUCUGAUCAUACUCUUCUCAAACUUCUAUAUCGAGACGUACAAGAAGCGUAGUGUGUCACUAAAGAAGAAGGAAUACCAGAACAGGUCUGCUUCUCCUACAAAUAGACAUGCAAAUGGAGUUUCCACCAUAGAAACAAUUACACACAGGAAACUGAGGGCGGACUGAAGUAGCUUGAGUAAUCCCAUGGUCAUUACAGUCUAUUAUAGUGUAUUAUCACUAGGGGUGAUGUAGGAUUUCUCGACAGGAUAUAUCUAGUAUAUUCUAGUCUAAUAGAUUCACAAAAGACAAAAAAAGCCAUAGCCAUGUUUAUCUUUAGAGGGAAUCCUGCAAUAUUUUGCACACUAGUUUUCAUUCAUAUUGAAUCAAAGGUUAGUUCAACAAUAGACAGUAGGAUACCUUCAAUAGAAAACCCUGUUUAAACACAGUUUUAAUGUAGAAAUGUAUGCCAUGUUCAUAUGCAAACAGAAUAUUACAUGACAACAACAGUAUUUGAGGUUUGAAAGUACUUGAACGUAUAUGUUUGAUUAUAUUAAGGUAUGGCACUUGAACUAGUCUUGAUUAGGUCUUCUAGGUCAAAUACCUAUACAUUAUUAUUAUUAUUACUGAAUUUCCAUAUUGAAUUUCAAUAGAAUUCAUUAUUAAUCAAAGGACAUAUUGCUGACUGUGGUUUUAAAAUCUAUGGUUGUUAGUUAGGAAGAAAAAGUUAAAAAAUAGUAACUCUAUAUACACAGACAUGCCAGUUAAUAUACAGUGCCCUCCAAAAGUAUUGGAACAGUGAGGCCAAUUCCUUU